UACAGUCAGAUUUAAAAACGAAGAGAUAAGAAACAUCAUCCUUAGGAAAAUUAUAAUCGACGUGGAGCAAUAGUCGAUAGGAUGAGUAUGGAAAGGACGGUGACGAAAAUAAGCAAAACAAUAAAUAAUCCUUUCGUGUUCCACAGUUUCACACAGCCGGCACGAAAUUAUCCGCACUAAAUAUAUUACUACUGUGAACAAAUGUAAGUGAACGCAGUCAUGAAUUUUAAUAACAUCGCGUUAUUCAUGACGACCGUAACUUUUCUUCUGGAUGCCCCUGUAGGCACCGAAUUGAGACAAAAAUCCAGAUGGAUGGACCUGAUUUCGGGAAUCACUCAAACAUCCAAGGAUGCGAUAAUUGGUACCGUUGGACGAGUAAGACAGAUCUUACCUUCAGGUGAGAUCAUGUACCCUGACGACUUCGUCUUAACUGAACUUGCAGAGUUUCUCAAGGACAAGAUGAAGUACCCGCAGCCAACACUGGAACUCCCGGUUCUGGAUCCCUUUGUUAUGAGGCAACUGAACUUCAACAUCACACACGAAAUGAUAGGAGGGCUGUCUUUAUACCUAGAAGAUAUGAACAUAAGUAAGAUGUCCGAAUUUAAAGUUGACAAAAUGAGAAUUAAGUGGUUGCAAAGGAAGCUGGAAUUCGAUCUUCAUUUCUCAGAAAUACAUUUAAGGACUAAAUACGACAUGAGAGGCGUGCUGGGCAACGUGCUACCAGUUCAUGGUAACGGACCCGCCACGGUAUCGGCUAUCAACGUGAACUUUACCGGCACGGUGGAUCUCGCAACCCAGAACAUUUCUCUCUACAUGAAGAAUCUUAAUAUUACGUACUUUAUCGAAGCAUUUCAGGUCAAUAUGACAAAUCUGAUGGGAGGUGGAAGACUCAGUGAACUUUUGAACACAGUGCUGAGUCAAGAAGGCACCCAGAUCCUAGAACUAGUUAGGACAGAUGUAACACGCAUUGCUACAAAUUGGUUUCGCACUCUUGGGAAUGACAUGCUGGGAAAAAUGAGUAUAGGAUUCAGUGACAUAUUAGACUUUAUAAAAACUGCUGGAACAAAAAACGUUAGAAACUUUUUAAAUUUAAAUCCCCUCAAAAAUGAACUUUGAAUCUUGUACACAGAAUUAAAUAUAAUUUUGCUGGUAGUUCUGACUGCUUAUCACAUCGAAUCUGACAUCUAUUGCUCAAUAAGACAAUAAUUAAUUUUAAUAUUGAUGCUAGCCUUCCACACUGACAUUGUCAAUACCCCAGUGCUCAGUUUAUCUGAAAUUCAAAAGGAUGGACAUCAAGCCAAAUGCUUCUUCUCAGUUACAGUUCAUUACUGGAAGUAAAUGUGUUUGUAAAAUGCAUCAACCCCAAAUUGAAGUUUAUAAUGGUUUCCAAGAGUGCAGCUACAAUGACCACUCCAAACUCUCUCACCUUAUUAUACACACACACAGUACCACUUGCGUUUGAAUUAAAAUUUUCAACAAUACUAAGAUAAUGCAGUGUGUUUGAUGUUUGGCACUGAUUUUAUUUGAUUCUUUGUUUACCUAAUGAUUUUUAUUUAAUUUCAUUGUUUACAACUGAAUAAACUGAUAAACUUUAACCUUGUAUGAGAAUACAGUGCUACCAGUACUGUGCAAUUGCAAUACUUGACAAGCUGGACUUGUAUGCUGUGAAGCAAGGCUGAUAAUUAAUGGUUAAAGGAUGUAGAAGUGUUAUUAAUAGUACUGUACUAUCUCAGAA